CGAUUAAUAAAAAAAAAGAAACCAAAUAUCCAAAGUCAAUAAUUCAUUUCAUCUUCUACAAUGCUUCGAGUCCUGUUAAUAAUUUCAUUACUGGGCUCCUUGUGGAUCGGACGGGUUCACUCGCACGAAGAAUCGGGUGAGUGGAGCUGCGACUCGGACAACUCGGAAACCCAACUCGUUGCCGAGUUCAGACCCGGCUUCAUCACCCUCGACGGUCACACUGACGAUUGGAAAGACAUUGAUGGAUUUGAGUUCUCUCUCCUCCCUGCUCUCGACCCAGAUGCUGAACACGAGUACAAAGAUGGAAAAAUGACCGUUAAGGCUUUACAUGAUGGUCAUGAUAUGUACUUUAUGCUACAAGUUGAUGGAGACUAUGUUUACUCCAAAGGUGAAAACAAAAAAUGUCCAUCUGUUGCUCUGAUGUUUCAAAUUGGCGAGGAGGCUUCGUAUCAUAAUAUGGGUGGGUGUAAGGAAGGAGUUAGCUCUUGCACAAGCAAGACUUGUAAGGGCCAUGAAGUUGACAUUAUGCACUUCUCAGUUGGAAAUGCCAUUCCGGGAAGGCUCUAUGGCAGCAAUCCAUUAGAUAAUGGAGAAGGGAAUGGUGGUGAUAGAUUUGGUCAUUUGGUUGAUCUCUAUGCUUGGAAUCCACACUGUAGAUACAUAGAUGGAAUGGGUCCUUCAGGAAAUGAUUCUCGCUCCCAGAAUGAUUGGAAAGGUGCAUGGUGGCACAGUAGUUUCACCGUCCACUCAGGUUUUGUGGAGGAAGACAGUCCAUAUGCCAAAGAUGGUAAAAAAGGCACUUACUUCUAUGAAUUCUCGAGGCCUUUAAGAACCCUGGAUCGGCUACAACAGGAUGCUCAGUUCACAAUCGGCGAAACGAGCAAGAUGUCAGUUGCAUUUUGGUAUCCCCCUGAGGGGUUAGCAUGGCAUGGUUCUGGACACUUUUCUAUUAACUGUGAUUGGAUAUCCUUAGAUGUCACUCCAGGAAGGUCUGUGGUAACAACCGGAACAAGUAGCUCUGGUUCUGGUGUUUUUGCUCUUUUGUUAUCAGUAUUCUCUUUAUGUGGAUCUGUUUUUGUGGGAUACUGGGUGAUUGUCAGACCCAGAAGAAUUCCCUUCACACCAAUGGAGACUCAAAUGGAAAACAUUUAGGACAGCACUAUGGGAUGGUGUUUUAGGUUUUGUACUAUUCAUUGGCAUUGUAUUGGGUAAUAUUACACGAAAUGCUCCUAGUUUGUCCCUAUUUUUAAAAUCAGAAUUCUCAUUUUUUAUUCAUAAUAAUAACCCAAUAGUAGGAAGAUGUGAUAGUUUCGUUUUGGUCA